UUAUUCUCUCAUCUUUCUUUUCUUUUGCUCGCCCCAAGCCGUUUCUUGUCUAUAAAACUCUUCACGCGGACCACACCGCCUCUCAGCCUUCCCAAUCUCGUCGUUGAUCUCGCGGUGGUGAUAAUGGCCUCUUCCGCCUCGGUCUUCCUCGCCGUGGCGGCUCUCCUCGCCGUGGCGUGCUCCGCACAGGGCCCCAGCCCCGCUCCCCUCCGGCCUCCAGCCAUAGCGCCCACGAGGCCCCCCGCCGUCGCCCCGAUCUUUCCACCCCCGCCUCCGACCCCGACGCCGACCCCUCCCCCUUCCGUGGCUCCCGCCUCCCCUCCCCCGGCCGUCCCUCCGCCGUCCUCUCCCCCGGCGCGCGCCCCCACCUCCAAUCCCCCAUCGGUGGCUCCCGCCUCGUCCCCUCCCGCUCCGCCUCCGCCGCACACGAUCGGUUUCCCACCAACCUCGCCGCCCGCCUCUCCGCCCACCUCGCCGCCGGGCAAUAGCGCCAACUCCGCUGCCGUGAGCUGGAUCGCCGUGGCUGGAGCCCUUGUCGCCGCCGCGGCCGCGUUCUAGAUCCAGGUAGAUCAACAUCUCGCCGUGGGUUCUUGAUCCGACGAUCCCUACAUUGUUUGGUUCUUUCUUUCUACCUCGUUGUGAUUGUAUGACAUAUUAAUUUCUUUGUGGUGGCUGGCUUGUAAUUUUCGGAGUUUGGACUUGCGGUGUACGGUUACUAUUCUGUUUAGUUUAGUCUUGCUUUAUUUUACGAUUCCCA